CCUGACAGGAGCACCUCUAGCUUUUAAGGACUUGAUUUUCAAUUUUUAACUUUUCCUUUGUUUUUCUUUCGUUCUGUUUAUAUGUCAGGUCUCCAAGAUGCCCUCCUUAUUUGGCUCUAACCCUUCAUCCUCCGAUCCUGCAAACGACACCGUGCCUUCCCCUUCCUCUUCUUGUUCCUCCUCCUCCUCUCCGGACAUGUGGAAUUACUUUUUUAUCCCUAUCCUCCUCCACCUCACCAAAAAACUCUCCCUUGCUAAAGCUCAAACCUCAACUGGACUCCUCCUCCCGAGUCAACGCGGCGACGGCUCGGCCGAUGAUUCACUAAUUUCCUUUUCGAGGUGCGCGAAUGCUGACCCGAAGCUAUAUUAUCGGCCUGUGAUUGGGAUACUGAGUCAUCCAGUAGGCGGCGCGUCGGGGGGCCGUUCCUACAUAGUUGCGUCGUACGUGAAGUUCGUGGAAGCGGCCGGGGGUCGAGUCAUUCCUCUUAUUUAUAAUGAGCCGGAAGAGAUUCUUUUCCAGAAGCUUGAAUUGGUUAAUGGCGUGCUUUUACCAGGAGGGCGGUCUAAAUCCGGCUUGUACUAUGAUAUUGCUGAAAAGAUUUUCAAGAAAGUUAUAGAGAAGAACGAUAGGGGAGAUCAUUUCCCGUUAUAUGCCAUUUGUUUGGGUUUUGAACUUUUAACAAUGAUUAUCAGCGAAGACAAAAAAAUUCUUGAACGAUUUUCUGCAUUAAAUCGGGCCUCUAGUCUCCAAUUUGUGGAAAAUGUUAAUAUUGAAGGAACAGUAUUUCAAAGAUUUCCUCCAAAUUUGCUGCAAAAGCUUGGCACAGAUCUCCUAGUCAUGCAAAACCAUUGUUGGGGCAUUUCACCAGAGAAGCUUCAAAAUACUCCAAAUCUGUCCAGAUUCUUCAAGAUCUUAACAACAAGCACAGAUAAAAAUAACAAGGUAUAUGUCUCCACUGCACAAGCACAUCGCUAUCCUGUCACUGCCUUCCAGUGGCAUCCAGAGAAAAAUGCUUUUGAAUCGGGCUUGUCUAUGAUUCCACACUCAGACGACGCCAUUGAAGUGACACAACAUGUUGCAAACUUUUUCAUCAGAGAGGCUAGGAGAUCACUGAAUAGGCCAGCUGCUCAAAAAGUGCGUGACAGCCUUAUUUAUAAUUACAGGCCCAAGUAUUAUGGGAAAGCUGGGAAGGGUUUCGAUCAGGUCUACAUCUUUACACAACGUCAAGCUCGAAAUUGAUAGAGUUGCUGCCGUGUACAUAGUUAAAGAUGUAUGUGGUUGGAUGUAUGUAUAUUGUUGACGCUGUAUUUGCAUUGUGAUUUGAAUCUGAUUGCUCUCUUCAUUUAUAUAAGCUACGGACUGGAUGCUUGCCAAUGAGGUGUAUGAGUAGUUAUUGUUGAUGAACAAAGUUUGCAAUGCUUAUUCUUAUUA